UUCUGUAGUACCUAAAGUCAACAAAACAUUGUCCCAAGUUCUAUUGGACAGUUGAAGGAUGAAUAUAUUAUGCUAAUUAGCCAAAUGUUGUUAUAAAACAAAUGUACACGCUGUCACAUGCUUCUGAAGGACACACUUCGUACCGAGCAGGUAAACCCAACUGAAACGAGUAAAUCAUUUUACAAAAAUAUUCAUAACUUUUAAUGUAGUUGAUUUGCAGGUAUCCAGGAACAUGGCAUCGGAGGUCGUCGUCAACGGAACCGAUGUCAUACAUCCUUGUUAUGAGUUCCAUCAUCUGUAUUAUGUACUGUCAAAAACCCAUUCCUUACAGUGUGUUUUAUUGAACAUAUUUCUGUCUUUAUUAUCCAUUAUUAUCAUAUGCGGAAACCUUCUCAUCAUCAUCUCUGUGCUUUAUUUCAAACAGCUUCACACUCCUACUAAUUAUCUCAUUCUUUCUCUAGCGGUGGCUGAUUUAUUUGUCGGGGUUUUGGUGUUUCCGCUCAGCAUCGAAUUCACCGUCACUUAUUGCGUGUAUGAAGAGGAAUUGCUUUGCAAAGUGCGAAGCAGCAUCGACGUAACACUUAGCACCGCUUCUAUUUUACAUUUAUGUUGUAUUUCUAUAGAUAGAUAUUAUGCAGUGUGUAAACCUCUGAUGUAUAGAACUACAAUCACCGUUCAUGUUGUCGGGGUCAUGAUAUUGAUGAGCUGGUGUUUAUCGAUUUUAGUCGCCAUCGGUUUUUUGGUUGCGGAAUUAAACUAUGCCAAAUGCGGAGAAGAAUGUUAUAUUGAUGUUUUGAUUGCAAAUGUCGCCGGACUUAUUUGUUCCUUUUACUUUCCUGUGAGUAUAAUGUUAUGUAUUUAUGUAAAGAUAUUUCUUGUCGCACAGAAACAGGCACGCAGCAUCGAAAACGCUAACCAUCAAAGCAGGACGCCAAGAGCAACAGUCAGUAAAAUGGAGAGGAAGGCUACUAAAACUUUAAGUAUAGUUAUGGGUGUUUUUUUAAUAUGUUGGAGUCCUUUCUUUCUGUACUUUUUGGUUCAAAUUUUAAACCAGGUUUUGGUACCGAUAGCAGUUGUCGAAACACUAAACUGGUUGGCUUUGACUAAUUCAAUGCUUAAUCCGUUCAUUUAUGCUUUCUUUUACAGCUGGUUCCAGUCUGCUUUUAAAAUGAUUAUAUUAGGGAAACUAUUCCGAGAAAAUUUUUCUCGAACCGGACUUCACUGACAAGUAAUAAGAUCAGUUCUAAUCAGGUUCAUUAUAAGAUUUUUGACUCUUAAAGGACACUGUACUCCCAAGUCUAAGAACGAGCAAUCCUUCAUGUUCAUGUACGGACUUUUGUGUGUAAAUAAUUAAUAACAAACAAGCUUUUGUUUUGGAUAAAUACAAUAAGGUAGACUGGCUAAGGUCUUGACCGGCAUUGAAAUAGAAGUGUUUUGGUGAAAUUAAAAACUCCUUCCUUCCUUGUGUAUACAAAUGUAUGUUGGUUAUUAUUAUUAUUAUUUUUUUUUUUUUUUACUUAAACUUCCCACCAUCCGAAAUUUUGGACCGGUCCACACCAAAAAUUUGCAUCCACCUUUGUCAGAUUAGUAAAUAGUUGUAUCCAAAGGGGAACUGAUCGAUGUAAUACACAAGCACCAAUCACCAGCCAGCCAAUCACAGGGCACAUAUAGACAAACAACCAUUCACACUCACAUUCAUACCUAUGGACAAUUUGGAGUGGCUAAUUAAACUAGCAUGUUUUUGGAAUGGCCGAGGGUGGGAUUGAAGGGUGAGGUCUGCGCGCUAACCACUUGACCGCCGUGCAGCCCGCCUUGAUACCAAUCAAUGAUAAAUAUAUCAUAUUUGACUGAGGCUACGACCUAAACAAAAAAAUAAGGCCAAUUAUUUUACAUACACAGUUAAUAGGGUUAAGGUUUCUAUAGUACCGAAAGUCAACAAAACAUUUUCCCAAGUUCUAUUGGACAGUUGAAGUAUGAAUAUAUUAUGCUAAUUAGCCAAAUGUUGCUAUAAAUCAAGCUAACACGCUGUCACAUGCUUCUGAAGGACACACAUUGAUGUUUCAUCAAGCAGGUAAACCCAACUGUUACAUUUUAUCCCUGGUGCGUUCUUUCAGGAAAAUAUCAGUUCCCAACUAAAAACAUUUUUUUGUGGGAAAAGCUAAAUUUCAAGCAUAAUUAGCAUAAGCGGUAGAAAAUGAAUGAAUAUUUGAAUAUUUGAGUGAGGAGACCAUUGUUACUCAGUAAUAUGGUUAAGGUUUCUAUGGUACCUAAAGUCAACAAAACAUUGUCCAAAAAUUCUAUUGGACAGUUGAAGGAUGAAUAUAUUAUGCUAAUUAGCCAAAUGUUGUUAUAAAACAAAUGUACACACUGUCACAUGCUUCUGAAGGACACACUUUGUACCAAGCAGGUAAACCCAACUGUUAAAUUUUAUCCCUGGUGCUUACUUUCAGGAAAAUAUCAGUUCCCAACUAAAAACAUUUUUUGUGGGAAAAGCUACAUUUCAAGCAUAAUUUUCUCUCAUUAGAAAAAAAAAGAUUUUUUUUACGUUUUUACGUAAAACGACCCUUGUGAGGAUAAGCUGUAGAAAAUGAAUGAAUAUUUGAAUAUUUGAAUAUUUGAGUGAGGAGACCAUUGUUACACAGUAAUAGGGUUAAGGUUUCUAUAGUACCUAAAGUCAACAAAACAUUGUCCAAAAAUUCUAUUAAUUUUAUCCCUGGUGCGUUCU